AUGGCCUAUUGGGAAAUCCAAACCCUAAACUUUGAUCUAAAGGCCACUAGUAAAAAAAGGCUUCUACAGCUCAAUGAGCUAGAAGAAAUCAGACAAGAUGUCUAUGAGAAUGCCAGAAUCUUCAAAGACAAAACCAAAAGUUGGCACCACAGACGCAUGUCAAGGAAAGAGAUCAAGGAAGGAGACCUUGUCUUGCCGUUCAAUUCGAGAUUAAAACUCUUCCUAGGGAAGUUGAGGUCAAGAUGGUCCGGACCCUUUAAGGUAACUCAAGUCUUCUCACAUGGAGCGGUAGAAGUAUGGAGCGAAACCUUAGGUGCCUUCAAGGUUAAUGGGUAG